AUGCCUACGUUCAAAGAACUCAAGGCCCAAGGUCUUUCUGACCACUAUCCCCUCAUCACGCGCAACGAUCAAGAAGAACUUGUUGCAACAUAUCAGAGAAUAAACUGGUCGGGCGACUUCUUAGACGCGACCAUCGAGUACAGAGAACUUCCUGCACCUACCUUCCUCACCCUUGCAACCUCAGGAAAUACAACUCUCGGCGAUAUGUCUUCUUUCUCUCAAUACCAUACCGACAAGCAGGAUCUUGUCGCCGCCUUUCCGCCUGCCCCUGAAAAGGACGAGCAUGUCAGAGACACCAGCGAUCAUGUACUUGAGAAGAGGUUUGGCAGGCUUGUCCCCAUCAAGAGACCCCUGAACGAUGAAGAGCACCUCUGGAGAGACCACGACUACCUUACAAGGUACACAAGAUGGAAGUGCUGGGCUUCGAGAAUGCCUGUUGAAUGGUGCUUACUGGAGCCUGCCGAGUAUGCUGCCUACGACUCACUGAAUCCAAUCAUCACGUCUCUCCCUGUCGCAACAACGACAGUUCAGGAGACACAUAUGGGUAUCUUCUUCCUCCUCCUGUUGUCGAUUGGUGUGCUUGUCGGCAACCUGGCCGGUCCGCGCACAGCAAUGGCAUGCUUCAUUGCCUUCUAUGUCCUGCUGGUCCCAUCGUUACGACUCCAACAAAACCUGGUCAAAGAGAUAUCUUUAUCUGUCUGGGCGGCUGUGUCAACCCCAGCGACGACGCUUGGUGUCAUGGUCUGUUGGAUCACGGGCACAACAGGCCUCGCUGUGGCUACCCUAGUCACUAUCCUCGCGACCAGAAUCCUCGACCCCCUCGUCAAUCUCAAUGGACAGUUCCGCAAUGGAGACUCUACAUUCUGGCACGCAAUAUACAGCGUCCAGCUUGCCGCCACAGAGAUGAGAGAUGGUCUUCUCAGCGAGGUCACGUCAGCCUACGAGGCCCGCUUCACCCUCAUAUUCGGUUCAGUACUGUGCUCGGGCUCGAUCUACCUCAUGCUCGAAGAGCCCUCAACUGCCUGGCUCUGCACCUGCAUAGCCCUCUGCCUCGUCAUGGUUGUUUGCAUUCUGGCAGCAUUCAUGGCCCCUGAAGAUCGUACCCCGGCCAUUGACGGCAAUCCUAUUCUCACCUCUGUCGCCGCCACUAUCAAACCCCCAGUCGCAACUCCUAGCCCUUAUCCAGCAACCACCAUUUAUGGACGCAGCGGGGUCGUCUUCGCAAGACCCUUGGCCACUCCGCCCUCGUUCAGCAAGUCUACUCUUUCAGAGGGUACUCGCCCUAGAGAGUUAGUCUACGAUUUUGGUACUCCGACCCGAGGUCCCUUGGGCAAGGACUUUGGUGCUCGCCGUACCCCACCAGACUUGAAUAUCUUUGGAGCAAUGUGCUUGCCCAUUGAGAGCUCAACCUUUCUGGUCAAAAGCGAGACUCUCAGUGGGCAAGUGCAUGUCUCCGAAGUAGUUCAUGCAUUUUUAUGGCUGGAUAGUAACACGAAGAUUGUAAGGAGACUCACUGAAGCUUGGAGAGGAAGUCUGCUAGACGCAUACCUUUCGUUGCACUCUCCACAGGCGUCGCCUUCCAUGUUUGCCUAUAAAGAUGCAAGGACAUUUUUGGAUCCCGUACUGCGACCAUCGAGAUUGCAGCUUGCUUUGAAUAGCAGCCUGUUGGAACAGCUUCAGGCACAGUUUCCGACCAACACACCGUCCGAUCCCUCCUCACCAAUAUCAAAGGGCAUUGCUGCACUAGAACGUCGAGCCUCAAACCGGUCGGCGGCGAGUCACAAGAAUAUGCCUGGCUCGCCUUUUGAGCGAAGUCGGACAGCAUCGCCUAUGCCAGCUCGCUUGAAUCUUACCAUAGAUACAACAUCUGGCAUCAGAAGCACGGCAUCAUCUCCUGGUCCGAUGACUGGCAGUCGUCGAAUACCUCCUCCACUGUUAAAGACUAGGAUGAGGCCUCCGAGCGAGUUGUUCUUGCCUACGCCUGGAACAUCAAGGAGCACGGGGUUCAGAUUCUCGACCAUCAUUGCCGAGGAAAGCGGGGCGGACAUCGUUGCUUCCCUUAUCGUCAGGACAGAACCUUCGACACCGGCCACGAUAGCCUCAAUUCCUUUCUUUUCGUCACCCCCACUGUCACCCGCUUCUGCCUCUAUAGCUGAUGCCAUCAGUCGUGUUGACGUUGGUGCAUCAGUGCAGAAUGCAAUUGAUAAUCUGAGCAAGCCUGAAGCCAACCGUUUCAUCUUCCCUCCCUUACGCUCGUCGACAGCACCGCCUGCGAGUAUACGUCGGCAACCCAGCUUCAUCUCCAUCAAGUCCACGAGAUCACUACCCUUGCGAGCAUUCAGUACCCGUCUUGGUCGAUUGAGCCGUGCUGGAGGCAGCAGUUCUCGUGGUGCUGGAGUGACCCCCCGUCUUUCACGCUCACCAAAACGAGGCUUACAAUUCUCUGGCAUUGACAAGGACCUUGCAAGCGAUAGGAGAGUAAGCAUGAUGAUAGCGAAGCAUAAGUCCAAUUUGGAAAGUGUUCUGGCGUCUCCAAUCGAGGAGCAGGCACCCACUCGGCCGGUAUUGAAGAAGGCCGCAACGAGUGUGAUGCCCUGGCGUAGAAAACGCAAGGGGGAAACGAUGAGUAUGCUGCUCGAUUCCGGCUUCUUCCCUGUUCAAGAGUUCAUCUACGAGAAGAACGACUCAUCGCCAUCAACUACUAGCCCGAGUAAGCGUAAGCAGCUCGCUUUGAGCAUUCUUGUAAAGGACUUACCGACUGAACGUCCUUCGUCAAUCCUCAUGACCCCGACCAACUUUUACCAACAAGGAUCAUUGGGCUUGAGGAGGUCAACUCGCAGCAACCAGCGUCGAUCAAUGGGUCCGCGUCGUAGGAUUCUCAACGCAGCCUCAGUCUCAAGCUCACAGAUUUCACCUCCCAUGAUCACGCACACGAGUGUGAUGGCCCCUCCUCUUUCUCCUUCAAGCCCCACGAGCCCAACGUCGCCUUUGACACCAACAAAAGCUCUUGCAGCACUCACCGGCAGCAUGCUUUUGCCUCCCUCACCCGGUUCUGACGGCAGUCCCAAAUCCGGCCAACCUUCACCCGGCAUCUUGGAAGUAAUACCCGAAGACAGCGGCGCCGUCGCUCACAGGGUCCCAUCGUCCGCAUCGACUAUAUCUCCAAGAUCAUCUCCCGAAGCUCCAGCUCUUCCAGAGGCCAUUGCCAGCGAGAUUCACUUGAGCUCAGGUACCGUGCUCAUGGUGAAGACACCGGAAACCACUGCAUACAGACGUUCAAUCUACAUCCAAGGCCCCAUCAAACUGCCCACACCAGCCGUAGUACCUCGCAAAGGCAGUAUCGCAACACUCGAUCCAUUCCAAGAUAGUCUCGCCAAUGCGCCAAUCCCUCGACGCAAGAGCGAAGACAUGGCAGCCGACGACAUUUGCGAUUGGUACGACACCUGGGGUUUCGAUUCAGUCUCAUUCGCGCUCGAUGAGUUCACGUUGGACGAGACAGAUUUGACAAAAGACUGGGCCCUGUCGCCGUUAGAAGAAGAGCCCGAAAGUCCCGUCGAUCGCACAGUCAGAUUCCCAUCUCCCGCCCCUCCAUUGGCGAAAGAAGUCGCGGCUGCAAUGAUGGGCAACGGCGUCAUGCGUCCGGAAAGCCAAGCCAUCAAACCCAGACCACUUCGAAUGAGCAUGCCCAUGGUACCAUUGCCUGAACUCCCCAAGUCACCUUCAUUCAUCGCACGCGACAAAGGGCACAGCAGAAACAGCAGUGGCGAAACCAGCUACAGGAGUGCUUCCAGCGAUCCAAUCACCCGUACCGAUAGCAGAGGUAGUGGGAUGAGCAAUAUCUCGUCGGUUGAGGAGAAGAGCUGGUUCGAUACGGAUAAGAGCAAGAGAAGAGGUAGCGGCUCGGCAGAACCGGUCAAGCCGAAGCCCAAAAUGAGCAGGAUGCGCAGAUUCGUACAAACUGCUUCGGCGAUCUUGUAGAAUGCGAAUGCAAAGCGUGGGAAGU